AUGGCAGUGCAGCUGGUGCCAGACUCCGCGCUCAGCCUGCUGAUGAUGACGGAGGGCCGUCGAUGUCAAGUACAUCUUCUUGAUGACAGGAAGUUGGAACUCCUAGUACAGCCCAAGCUUUUGGCCAAGGAGCUGCUUGACCUCGUGGCAUCUCACUUCAAUCUGAAGGAAAAGGAAUACUUUGGAAUAGCCUUCACAGAUGAGACGGGACACUUAAACUGGCUCCAGCUAGAUCGAAGAGUCUUAGAACACGACUUUCCUAAAAAGUCAGGACCAGUGGUUUUAUACUUCUGUGUCAGGUUCUACAUAGAGAGCAUUUCAUACCUAAAAGAUAAUGCCACCAUUGAGCUCUUCUUUCUGAACGCUAAGUCCUGUAUCUACAAGGAGCUGAUUGAUGUGGACAGCGAGGUGGUGUUUGAAUUAGCCUCCUACAUUUUACAGGAGGCGAAGGGAGAUUUUUCUAGCAAUGAAGUGGUGAGGAGUGACUUGAAGAAGCUACCAGCGCUUCCCACCCAAGCCCUGAAGGAGCACCCUUCCCUGGCCUACUGUGAGGACCGAGUGAUUGAGUACUACAAAAAACUGAAUGGCCAGACCAGAGGGCAAGCAAUUGUGAACUACAUGAGUAUCGUGGAGUCUCUCCCAACCUAUGGGGUUCACUAUUAUGCAGUGAAGGACAAACAGGGGAUCCCGUGGUGGCUGGGACUGAGCUACAAAGGAAUCUUCCAGUAUGACUACCAUGACAAAGUGAAGCCACGGAAGAUAUUCCAGUGGAGGCAGUUGGAAAAUCUGUAUUUCAGAGAAAAGAAGUUUUCGGUUGAAGUUCAUGACCCACGCAGGGCUUCUGUGACGAGGAGGACGUUUGGGCACAGUGGCAUUGCGGUGCAUACGUGGUACGCGUGCCCAGCAUUAAUCAAGUCCAUUUGGGCUAUGGCUAUUAGCCAGCACCAGUUCUACCUGGACAGGAAGCAGAGUAAGUCUAAAAUCCAUGCUGCACGAAGCCUGAGUGAGAUCGCUAUCGACCUGACUGAGACGGGCACACUGAAGACCUCCAAGCUAGCCAACAUGGGGAGCAAAGGGAAGAUCAUCAGCGGCAGCAGCGGGAGCCUCCUGUCUUCAGGUUCUCAGGAAUCGGAUAGCUCCCAGUCCGCCAAGAAAGACAUGCUGGCUGCCUUGAAGUCCCGGCAGGAAGCGCUGGAGGAAACGCUGCGCCAGCGGCUGGAGGAGCUCAAGAAACUCUGCCUGCGAGAAGCUGAGCUGACAGGCAAACUGCCUGUUGAAUAUCCACUGGACCCGGGGGAGGAACCACCCAUUGUUCGAAGAAGAAUUGGGACCGCCUUUAAGCUGGAUGAACAGAAAAUCCUGCCCAAGGGAGAGGAAGCCGAGCUGGAACGCCUGGAACGAGAGUUUGCCAUUCAAUCCCAGAUUACGGAGGCUGCCCGCCGCCUCGCCAGUGACCCCAACGUCAGCAAAAAGCUGAAGAAACAAAGGAAAACCUCCUAUCUGAAUGCCCUGAAAAAGCUGCAGGAGAUUGAGAAUGCCAUCAACGAGAACCGCAUCAAGUCUGGGAAGAAACCCACCCAGAGGGCCUCGCUCAUCAUUGAUGAUGGAAAUAUUGGCAGUGAAGACAGUUCCCUCUCCGAUGCCCUUGUUCUGGAGGAUGAGGACUCUCAGGUCUCCAGCACACUGUCCCCCUUACAGUCUCCUCACAAGGGACUUCCUCCUCGGCCACCAUCAUCGCAUAACAGGCCCCCUCCUCCCCAGUCCCUGGAGGGACUGAGGCAAAUGCACUAUCACCGCAACGACUAUGACAAGUCACCCUUAAAGCCCAAAAUGUGGAGUGAGUCCUCGUUAGAUGAGCCGUAUGAGAAAGUCAAGAAACGGUCCUCCCACAGUCAUUCCAGCAGCCACAAGCGUUUCCCCAGCACAGGGAGCUGUGCCGAAGCAGGAGGGGGAAGCAGCUCUCUCCAGAACAGCCCCAUCCGCAGCCUCCCUCACUGGAACUCGCAGUCUAGCAUGCCGUCCACACCAGACCUGCGUGUACGGAGUCCCCACUACGUUCAUUCCACAAGGUCCGUGGACCUCAGCCCCACGCGCCUGCACAGCCUCGCCCUGCACUUUCGGCACCGCAGCUCCAGCCUGGAGUCCCAGGGCAAGCUCCUGGGCUCUGAGAAUGACACAGGGAGCCCUGACUUCUACACCCCGCGGACUCGUAGCAGCAAUGGUUCAGACCCCAUGGACGACUGCUCCUCCUGCACCAGCCACUCAAGCUCGGAGCACUACUACCCAGCGCAGAUGAACGCCAACUACUCCACCCUGGCAGAGGACUCGCCCUCCAAGGCGCGUGCCAGGCAGCGGCAGAGACAGCGGGCGGCGGGCGCGCUGGGCACAGCGAACUCGGGCAGCAUGCCCAACCUGGCCGCUAGGGGGGUCGGCGGCGGGAACCCACCUGGCGUCUACCUGCACAGCCAGAGCCAACCCAGCUCGCAGUACCGCAUCAAAGAGUACCCUCUGUACAUCGAGGGGGGCGCCACGCCCGUGGUUGUGCGCAGCCUGGAGAGCGACCAGGAGGGCCACUACAGCGUGAAGGCCCAGUUCAAGACCUCCAAUUCCUACACCGCGGGCGGCCUGUUCCGGGAGAGCUGGAGGGCCAGUGAGGAGGGCGACGCCGGCCGCCUGACGCCAUCGCGCUCGCAGAUCCUGGGAACCCCCUCACUGGGCCGCGAGUGCGCCCACGACAAGGGCACGGGGCGCACCGCGGUGUCCGAUGAGUUGCGCCAGUGGUACCAGCGCUCCACAGCCUCGCACAAGGAGCACAGCCGCCUGUCGCACACCAGCUCCACCUCCUCUGACAGUGGCUCCCAGUACAGCACCUCCUCCCAGAGCACCUUCCUGGCCCACAGCAGAGUCACCAGGAUGCCCCAGAUGUGCAAGGCCACGUCAGCUGCCUUACCUCAAAGCCAGAGAAGCUCAACGCCAUCCAGUGAAAUUGGAGCAACGCCCCCAAGCAGUCCCCACCACAUUCUAACCUGGCAGUCUGGGAGCUAUAGUGACAGCUGUUUCCUGGACUCCCCCCUGUAUCCAGAGCUCGCUGACGUCCAGUGGUACGGCCAGGAGAAAGCCAAGCCGGGGACCCUCGUGUGA